GCCUUCACUCAGACGGAUCACUAUUGAAAAAACGUAUUCGUUCUCCUCUCUUGUCCGACUUGUUCGUUCUUCUUCUUGAAACAAACAGAGUCAGAUCCAAACACCAUCUUCGAUCCAGAAACUUCUUGGGCGGGGACAAAGGUGUGUGUGUAUGUCAGUGAAUACGAAUAGUGAGAUGGAUCACAAUGAGGAGGAAUCCGGUGGUGGCGCCGGAGCUGAGCCUCAUGGGAAGCAAGAUGAUGAGGAAGCUGUUGCUCGGCUUGAGGAAAUGAAGAAAUCAAUCGAGUCGAAGAUGGCUCUUCGUCAAAGCAAUUUGAACCCUGAGAGGCCUGACUCGGGAUUUCUGAGGACAUUGGAUUCCAGUAUUAAACGCAACACAGCAGUUAUUAAAAAACUAAAGCAGAUAAAUGAGGAGCAGCGAGAAGGGCUGAUGGACGACUUGAGGAGUGUCAAUCUUAGCAAAUUUGUUAGUGAAGCUGUUACUGCGAUUUGUGAUGCCAAACUUAGAUCGUCCGACAUACAAGCAGCAGUUCAAAUCUGCUCUCUGCUUCAUCAAAGAUACAAAGAUUUCUCCCCAACCCUUGUUCAAGGUCUUUUGAAGGUGUUCUUUCCUGGAAAGUCUGGGGAUGACCCAGAUGCAGAUAGGAGCCUGAGGGCCAUGAAGAAGCGUAGCACUUUGAAACUCCUUUUGGAACUUUUCUUUGUUGGAGUUAUAGAAGACGGUGGUAUUUUUGUGAAUGUUAUCAAAGACCUUACCAGUGGAGAUCACUUAAAGGACCGGGAAACUACUCAGACAAAUUUGACUCUUCUUGCUAGUUUUGCUCGGCAGGGAAGAAUGUUUCUUGGUCUUCCACUCUCUGGGCCAGAAAUAUAUGAAGAGUUUUUUAAGGGCCUUAAUAUCACACCGGAUCAAAAGAAGUUCUUUAAGAAGGCAUUUCAAACUUAUUAUGAAGCUGCAGCAGAACUUCUUCAAUCUGAGCAUAAUUCACUUCGCCAAAUGGAGCAUGAAAAUGCAAGAAUCAUUAACGCUAAAGGAGAGCUCAGUGAUGAUAGUGCUUCUUCAUAUGAAAAGUUGCGGAAAUCUUAUGACCAUUUGUACCGCAAUGUCUCAACUUUAGCAGAAGCACUUGAUAUGCAGCCUCCAGUAAUGCCAGAGGAUGGUCACACAACUAGGGUUACUAGCGGAGAGGAUGCUUCAUCUCCAGCUGCUGGAAAGGAUUCUUCUGCACUUGAAGCCAUAUGGGACGAUGAAGAUACUAGGGCUUUCUAUGAAUGUUUGCCAGAUCUUAGAGCAUUUGUUCCAGCUGUGUUACUUGGAGAAGCAGAGUCAAAAGUCAAUGAGCAAUCUGCAAAGACCCAAGAGCAACCAACUGAACCUGCGGCUGAAUCAGAUCAGAAUCAACAGGCUACAGAAGAGGCUGCAGAACCUUCUGCAGAAGUUGGUGCUUUACAGGAAGGAAAAAUCAGAGAGAAAGGAAAGGAUAAGGAAGAAAAAGAAAAAGAAAAAGACAAGAGUAAAGAUGCUGACAAAGAGAAAGGUGACAGGAAGGGAGAAAAUGAGAAGGAGAAACUAAAAAGUAUUGAAGGCACGAAUUUGGACGCUUUACUACAAAGGCUCCCAGGUUGUGUGAGCCGUGAUCUCAUCGACCAAUUAACUGUGGAGUUUUGUUAUCUAAAUUCUAAAGCAAAUCGGAAAAAGCUUGUGAGGGCAGUGUUUAAUGUCCCCAGGACAUCAUUGGAGCUACUGCCGUAUUACUCACGCAUGGUCGCCACUCUGUCAACUUGUAUGAAGGAUGUAUCAUCCAUGCUCCUGGCUAUGUUGGAGGAGGAGUUCAAUUUCUUAAUUAAUAAGAAGGAUCAAAUGAAUAUUGAAACAAAGAUUAGGAAUAUUAGAUUUAUUGGAGAGCUUUGCAAGUUCAGAAUUGCGCCAGCUGGCCUUGUGUUUAGUUGUUUGAAGGCUUGUCUGGAUGAUUUCUCUCAUCAUAAUAUUGAUGUUGCUUGCAAUCUUCUUGAGACCUGUGGGCGUUUUCUGUAUCGGUCUCCUGAAACUACUGUGAGGAUGGCUAACAUGUUGGAAAUAUUAAUGCGCUUAAAGAAUGUAAAAAAUUUGGAUCCUCGGCACAGCACUCUUGUUGAAAAUGCUUACUACCUGUGCAAACCGCCUGAGAGAUCUGCACGAGUUGCUAAAGUCCGUCCUCCAUUGCAUCAGUAUAUAAGAAAGUUGCUAUUCUCAGAUCUGGAUAAAUCCACCCUUGAGCAUGUGCUGAGGCAACUGCGUAAACUACCAUGGGGUGAAUGUGAGCCAUAUCUUUUGAAAUGCUUUUUGAAGGUUCACAAAGGGAAGUAUGGUCAGAUCCAUUUGAUUGCUUCUCUCACUGCUGGCCUGAGUCGCUAUCAUGAUGAAUUUGCUGUUUCUGUUGUUGACGAGGUUUUAGAGGAGAUCAGACUUGGCCUAGAGUUAAAUGAGUAUGGAAUGCAGCAAAGACGAAUUGCCCAUAUGCGAUUCCUAGGAGAGCUCUACAACUAUGAACAUGUUGAUUCUUCUGUUAUAUUUGAGACUCUAUACUUGAUUCUCAUAUUUGGCCAUGGCACAACAGAGCAAGACGCACUAGAUCCACCAGAAGAUUGUUUCCGCAUGAGGAUGGUUAUUACUCUUCUUGAAACUUGUGGACAUUACUUUGACCGAGGCUCUUCUAAGAGGAAACUUGAUCGCUUCUUGAUUCACUUCCAGAGAUAUAUACUAAGCAAAGGUGUACUACCACUAGAUGUUGAGUUUGACUUACAGGACUUAUUUGCAGAAUUGCGUCCCAACAUGACUCGAUACUCAUCCCUUGAAGAAGUUAAUGCGGCUCUAGUAGAACUUGAGGAACAUGAGCGUACUGUCUCUACUGACAAGGCAAAUAAUGAGAAGCACUCGGACACUGAAAAGUCUUCAAGGAGAACUACCCCCAAUAAAACGACAGUGAAUGGACAGAGUGUUGUGAAUGGUACAGAGGAAAAUGGUGUGGUCCAUGAAGACCAUAGAGAUAGUGACAGUGAUUCAGGAAGUGGCACUGUUGAUCCAGACAGGCAUGAAGAAGAAUUGGAUGAAGAGAAUCAUGAUGAUGGAUCAGAGAGUGAGGACGACGAUGAUGAUGGGGGUGGACCUGCUUCCGAUGAGGACGAUGAAGUCCAUGUGAGACAGAAGGUUGCAGAGGUAGAUCCUCAGGAAGAAGCAGAUUUUGAGCUGGAUCUCAAGGCUGUAAUGCAGGAAAGCAUGGAACAACGAAGGCAAGAGCUGCGAGGUCGGCCUACUUUGAAUAUGAUGAUACCGAUGAACUUGUUUGAGGGGUCCAUCAAGGAUCAUCAUGGACGUGUCGGAGGGGACAGUGGUGAUGAUGGGGAUGAAGAGUCUGGAGGAAGCAAGGAGGUCCAAGUCAAAGUUCUUGUGAAGCGCGGUAACAAGCAACAGACAAAGCAGAUGUCCAUCCCUCGGGAUUGCUCACUUGUACAGAGCACGAAACAGAAAGAAGCAGCAGAGCUUGAAGAGAAACAAGACAUCAAGAGGCUGGUCUUGGAAUAUAAUGAUAGAGAAGAGGAGGAACUUAAUGGAUUAGGGAACCAAACUUUGAACUAUGCGCAGAGUGGGGGCAAUAGAUUUGGCGGUCGUGGCGGCACCUGGGAAGGAACUAGUGGCAGAGGUGGACCACGUCGAUAUCAUAGUAGCUAUUCUGGAGCCGGAGUUUAUUACAGCAGGAGAAAGUGAACAGUAUGAUUUUGCAAAAAUAGUAAAGGCGAAACACUCCAGCCACAGGUUUCCCUCGUUUUUUGCUGAGGUGAUACAUUCCUACUGAAAUCGUUGCUUAACUUACAAGUUGAACAAUAAAUUUGGAGAGACAACAUUCCUAUCCAAUGGUUAAGCCAUCAGCCGUGGAUUUCUGGGGACAUUCAACUUGGCCUUUAUCUCCAUCUGGCAAAGGCUGCAAGGCUGUCAUAUGCUCAAAUACACACGGGAGACAGCGGACUAGGCUAGGAAUCAAGAGAUUGAUACACAAGAAGAGGGGGGUGGGGGUGGUUGUGAUGGUGAGAUUCUGAUAUGCAAAUAUGCCAUUACGCGCUAGAUCUUUUACAUUAGUUAGGACUUGAUGAAUGAGUCCUGCGUGUAUAUUUGUCAAUGUGAAGUAAAAUGCGAUGUAAACUCCGCUUGGGUUUUACGUCAUAUGUUCCAUUUUGUUUUCAGUCUUAUGUGCUGGAAUAGUGGGAAUAGUGUAUCAGUGUUUUGAGCAAAGCCUUUUUUUGAGCUGUUG